AGUCCUGUUUUCAGCCCAUAAAAUAACAUACCCUAUAUUCGUCCUUUUAGAGUUUGUAGUAUAUUUAAAUCCUGUACAUGUUCUUAAUUAUUUUAUUUUUGAAAAGUGAAUAUAACGUGUGACGUUUUAAGCUGUUUUAUUGAGGUGCAAAGAACUAUAGAUUCAAGCUUUAACGACGAAAGUGCAUGUUCAACAGUUUUGAGCUGACUUGAAUUUUAAGGAAGAGAAUCCUUCUGGUGGUGCUGUCAUAGCUGGAAUCCAUAGUUAAUUAUUUAAAGGUACAUUAACUUUUAUUUCUAAUUUUGGGCGUGUAUUACCAAUAUUAAAUUAAUGUUUUCUCAAUGAGAUUCGAACCUAGAUUUAAGACAACCAUACAUACAUACAUACACUAUCGUAUACGCCUGUAUUCUAAAGGUCACUCAUUCAAUCUGAGCUUCCCUUGAGUGUCAGUGCUGUUUUUGAAUAGCGAGUUGCAAUUGGGAUUUUUUACCUGUAAUUUUUUUACCUGUAGAUUUUGAUAUAUAUAACACAAGUUAAUUACAAUUUAUACUAUAGAAGUUCUGAAAACAUAAAAUUUAAAACAUAAAAUAAGACAAUAAGCGAAAGUAAGACGAGUUAUUUAAAUAUUUAAAUCCACGUAUAACUGCCUUGGAUAUUUUAUUUAACUUUCCAAUAAUGUUGGUAGUUUAUGUAUCGCAAAACCUUUUUAAUCCGAGAAAAUUAAUUUCACCAAAAAUUAUAUUUUGUUUGUUUAAUUAAAAUUAUUACAAUAAUUUGUAUUCAUAUGAAUUGAUACAUAUUCUAAUCUAACAAAGGCGACUUAUAAAUUACAUGCAUACACAUGUUCUUAAAUAUAUAUAUUGAUAUUUUAAACAUAACUCGCAUCUUGCAUGCUUUCUGCAUAUUGAUAAACCUGCAUGUGCGAUGCUGUCGAUAUUAUUAAGUUCUACUAUGGCUAGAAAAUGUUGAAACUGCUCUGAAUUUCACAAAUCCGUUCAUUUUAUGAAAGUUUUGAUAAAUAUAGAUUGUUUGGGUACUUAUAACGUAGACUGAUAAGAUGACUGAUUUUCGAGAGCAGGGGCUGUCUUUUUUAGCAGCUUUAAAAAUAGCUUGCGCGCGAAAUUUCAAAGUUUAAAACGCAUUUUGAGUUCAUGGGCGAUAAAUGUGUUUGGUGAAUGGUCCAAAUUUACUCAAUUUUAAGUUUUUAAAAUAGCUGCUGAAACGUUUAUUUUUUGGCGCCAAUGCUUAUAUCACGCAUGCUUAAUUCAUGCAUUUACAUAAUUUGCAUAUUGUUAUUUUACUUUUGUUGGCGUCUAUUUUCCUUUACAGUAACAAUGCCUUGCUUAAAAUAUUCCCUUGUACUGUUGCUAUUGUUGCAAUAGCUGCAUACAAUAUUCAGCCUUGCCCACUAUUACUAUAUAUUAUAGAUAUUAAUUGGAAAAGGGCUCCCUCACAAUUUAUGCAAUCAACCCACAUAAACAAUUCGUCUUUACUCACCUGCCAUUUGUAAUUGCCUGUUUAGACAUUGACAAAUCUUCCUUCUCUCAGACGCUCAAUACACCCUUCCAGGAAGUACCCAGCUUUGCUCAUCUUUCUCAACGGCCAGUUUAAUAUAAUAGUUUAUACCUGUAAACCGCAUAUUCUCUUGCCAUAAUCAUUCCACGUAUUUUCAGUCCUAAAAUGUUGUAUUUCGGCUGAUGAGAAAGAUUGCUGCUCAAUUUUUACGACCGUUACGACCAUAUGCAUAUUUUGCGCGCGAAGAGGAGUUUUUCUUGGUCUUUUCUAUAAAUUAGUUCCACCCGAGAAAUCACCAGACCAAGAAAAUUCCGCUCCGCGCGCAAAAUUCCACCUAAUGAAAACCAGCGUAAAGGCGAUAUUUCAAUUCUGAAUAUAAUACUCUGAUCUUUGAAAAUAGACGCAAGGCGUAUAUAAGUACAUUGCGGAAAGGUGUAUUGUUCAAAUUAUUAAUUCCCACACAGUUUGCUUUAUAUAUCAUUACAACUCAUCGCCCAAACCACGCUAUAUGAGCGUUUACCUUUUAUUAAUAUCGAGUACUGCGUUGUUUUAUGUGUGCUCAGGUGUUCUGAUUGUUUUCAAUUAAGUUUAUUUGUUGCAGUGCUUCAUAAAAAGGCCGGUGGGAUUAACUGAGUAAUUCACAAAAGACUCGAGCUUGGCAGAAGUGUGAAAAGAGUAGACGAGCUAGAACAGCAGUUAUUUUUCAACACAAAGAUUGAUCUGGCUCUCAAGAUGCGUCCUAUGUUGGUCUUGCUUUUGGUAGCUGUUUCUAUUUUCGCAGGUAUGAAUGGUAAAAUGUAGAGUGAAAUUCUUUAUUUGUCUUAUAUUUUUUACGUGAAACGAGAUUGAAAGAGCAAUUUUGCGUGAAACAUGAUUUUACAUUUUCGAGGGAGCAGAACAACCUCGUUCCCAGGCAUUCUCUCCGGGAACAAGGUUGGGAGAAGAAGAGCUUGUCCUCUUGCACCCUCUGUAUACUGAAAUGGUGUCCAUUAAGGCCCCAGUUACAGGAAGAGAUUAUUUCGCUGGCCUCAAAGUGACAAAACGUAACAAAGCAACGGUUUUACUAACACUAACCCUACUUCAAACACCAACUCUAACCCCAAUCCUUACUCUAAUCCUAACCUAACCCUACUCCAAAUUUGUUUCUAAACCAAUCUUGAAGAAAAAAGUUUUGACGAAAUGUCAUUCUGUGGUCAGCGAAAUAGUUGAUGCCCCAGUUACACGAUACCGGAUUCGCAUCGGAACGACAUCAAAUUGUACUGCUUCGAGGUGAAUAUGGCACUUAAAAUUAUGAUAAUAUAAUAUAAUUAAACAAAAGCUUCAAAUAUGAAAAGUUGUAAGAGCAGACAAGACUGGAAAACACCUUCAAUUGAUGUCGCUCCGCAAGCAACCGACGUUUUUGUCACCACGAACGUCACCCAAAAAUUGGUAUAACUAAUUCUGGCGAUUUUGACUAAAGCCCUGGGCAAACUAGGAAACAUUGUUGCGGAAACAUUGUUUCCUAUCAAUGUUUCGCCAUGUUUCCCAGAGUGGGCAAACACUAGGAAACAUUAGUGAGAAACAUAGGUAAACAUAUAAUGUUUCUGAAUUCGCUUCUCGGGAAGCAAAUUUUGUUUCCGCAACAAUGCUUCCACGGGUGGACAAACAGGGAAACAUUUGAGGAAACAUCGAGAAUCACAAAUGUUUCCACAACAAUGUUUCCUAGUUUGCCCAGGGCUUAAGUUUUCUAUGAUAUUGUGCAUUAUGGUUUUAUUGUUAUUCAUAGUGAACUCACAAUCAUGUCGGUGCGAUGUGAAGUACACGAAGAUCGGAUGCUAUCAUGAUCCAGGUUCCUAUGGAGACCAUAAUAAACGCCCACUUCGUAAUCUUCUUCUGAACUGGCGUGAUAGGAUAAACUGGAGUGAUGGCUGGAAUAACCACUUGAAGAAUAUGUCAUGCAGGUUAGUCGAGAGCUUAAUCUCGAACGGUAAUUUAUUUAUACUGCUACAAGUGAUGACCCAUUUUAAAACUGAUAGAACUAUCUCGUUUACUGUUAACUAUAGUCUAUCUCUAGAAAAUAAUGUGGUUUUUGCUCAAUCGUGCACUGUAAUUUAUUUCAAUACAUCAAAAUAAUCCCGCCUCGGAUCUUGUACUGGCAAAGUGGGAUCAUAUUCAGCAAAUUGUGCAUGCCGUCUUUUAUCUCUUGGUGGUGAGGCAGCACUUCCCUUGCGAUAGUAACUCCUAGUAUAAUUUAGGUUUCCACGACAUCAUUUAUUUAUACUGUAACAAGUGAUGACCCAUUUUAAAACUGAUAGAGCUAUCCAGUAUAAAUUAAGUUAUUUUGUACUUUAGUUUAUUUUUAUUCUUAAGAUGUGCUGAGCUAGCAAAGAAAAAGGGCUAUCGUUACUUUGGUUUGCAGUUUUACGGCGAGUGUUGGUCAGGUGUUCAUUCCCCGACGUUGUUCAAUGCACGAAAGUCUGACAGUUGUUGGGGAUAUCGUCCUGAUUAUGAGAAUUGUGAUGAUGAUAGUCCUACUGAAUGUAUCGGACAAGAACAUCAUAAUUAUAUCUAUGAAGUGAAGCCUGAAGGUAAGUUGUUGACGUUAAUCAUCAGGACUUCGGGUGUGGCAAUCAUCCUCACGUGCAGAUGAGAGCUAAGCUGAACUGCAAAGGACGCAACUGAACCUGAUCGAGUGAAGGCGUUCUAAGGUCGCCUCUAUAGCAGCCACCUUGGAUCAGCUAUAGGGGCCAAACCACCCCGUCAACAUCCCUGUUUGAGGAAACUGGAGUACCCGGCCAGAAAAAACCACGACUUUCGGUAAAGCGUUGACCGACUCUUUUCACACAAAUGUCUUGUGUCUGCAGCGAGAAUCGAUCCCACGAUUUCAGACGUGCAAAGCGUUUGCUCUCCCUAAAUGGUAAAUCCCAAUUACCUAUUAAUACCAAUUACCUAUAUGCAAUUACCUUACCAAUUACUUAUGCGAAGAUCAGAAGAAACUACAGAAGCGAGCCCUUCAUAUCAUUUUCCCAACGUUACCUUAUGCAGAAGCUUUUUAAACUAUUUAAUGACAUUGCAAGUGACGAAAGUCAUAAGCUUUUUCAAUUACUAUACCAAGUAAGAACUUUUCAAAUUAUAAUAGGAAAGAGAACAUUUUUAACGUGGGUUAUAAUGUUGUUAAUUAAUUAAACUAACUAUCUAUCUAACUAUCUAUCUAUCUAUCUAAUGAGACAUUUGUCUCUCUGCCUUUUGCUAAUUUGGACGAAGUUAUGAAGCGAUCUUGGGAACGCUGAUUGGUUAAUUCUUCCUUUCUUGAGGAGCAUCCUAAGCUGCCACGAUGGCUUGAGCUUUUUCCACCUCUAGCGUCCCGGAAGCUUCGUUAACGUCUAAAUGAAAUACUCAACUGAUGUUAUCAAUAUUUUCUAUAACAGCUCCAGAAGGUUGUGCGACCACCACCACACCAAGUAAAACAACAGCUCAAGCAGCAACUAUAAAACCACCAAGUAAGUCACAGUAACUAUCACCACUGUAUUUAAAAAUCCUCUAACAAUGCGAGAGGGAUAUCAGGGCCGUAACUAGACCGAUACUAUGAAUGGGGGGGGGGGGGGUGCAUAUUCGUGUUCUGCCCGACAGAUUUCCUUUGAAAGCGAUUGUUUUUACGGUACGUGAAUAUAUGAAUAUAUGAAUAUGCACCCUCUCCCCCCUCCCCAAAUUAACGCGUCUAGUUACGGCCCUGUGCGAUACGGUUCGUUUCAGUCGAGAAAAUUGAAGCUAAAGUUUAGGUAUUAGAUUCCGGAUAAAAUCUAUCCGAUUUACAGAUAUUGAUUAAACAUUCAUUCUUUCGAAUUUUCUUCAUGAAUAGACAUUACUAUUGCACUUUUGUCCCAAUGGCCUCGUUUUCAUGUUGGCCAGUUUUAGCAUGACAGGCGCACGUCAAAGUUAUAUUCAAAAUGUUUCUCUUCGAUCUUGAUGCCCGAGGAAAUAACCUCAUGAAAACGAGGCCAUUGGCACAAGCGUGCAAUAAUAAGUAUAGGAAAUAGUAUGAUUUCGAGUGCAAUUUGGAAAAAAACAUGCACGAGUAAGUUUUUCAAAGACCAUCAAGAAAUAUGCCUGGCCACGGUGGGAAUCGAAUCUACGACCUUUGGAAUACUAGCCCAAUGCUCUGCCAACUGAGCUACGCGGUCAGAUCGGUUCGAGUAUGUGAUAUUUCGGAACAGGAUCUAGUUCCUUCGAUAUCAAUGUAAUCUCAUAAUCAGUAACGAUCUUUCUGUGUUGGUGUAAUAUACACAGGUGAAUAUGAUGCUUGUGAUGUUACUCAAGCUUGCCCAGUGUGGAUAUAUGCACUCAGAGUAACAUCACAAGCAUCAUAUUCACCUGAGUGCAUUACACCAACACAGAAAAACCAUCAAGAAAAUUAAGAAAUUUGUACUGUAUUUCUUUUUUUGCACUGUAUUUCAUUUUUUGGCACUGUAUUUCAAAAAAGUGCACCAAUCAGAAUUGAGAAAUUUUUUUCAUGUAUAUUAUUAAGGUCUGAACUAAAUCAAUAUUUUUUAUUAUUUUCUUGUUGUAGACCCCUGUGCCUCCUACCCCUGCCGAAACGGAGGAGAGUGCCACACUCCGGAGGGGUCUGGUGACUAUGUAUGUGAAUGUCCAGAUGACUUCACAGGCAGAAACUGUGAGAGAUACAAAGGACGAAAAUGAAGGGAAAUUUGUAGCGAAGAGUGGAAACAUUAUGAAUUUAAAAUGUAGAUGUAUAAGGUAGAUAUAUAUAGUUUCAGUUGUUAUCAUGAAUUAAGAAAUUUUAAAUUUUAAUGUAUAGUUACAUAAAUUUAGGUUCAGAUUUGACUUCGACUACCACUACCUCUCACUGGCUUAAAACGCAUUUGAUUGGUUAAUCAGGUAGAUUAAACGCAUUUGAUUGGUUAAUCAGAUAGAUGAAACGCAUCUAAUUGGUUAAUGGUAGCUAGCGGUAGUGGAAGUCAAAAUCUGAACCCACGGGGCCACGAUCUAAUAUAGAACCAUAUAUAGGGUCGUAUAACUGUAGCUGUGAACAGAACUGAAAAAAUAUAGAUUAACGGUACUAUGUCGUCGUCGAAUUCUCUUAUACAUUAAAGCUUGUUGUUAUCAACUUAUCAUGAUAUAGAUUUGGGCUUACAAAUGACUUGAAACCAUUUUAAGCCUAUAUAUGCUUUUAUUCUGCAGACUUUAACAGUUUCAAAACCGAGGAUUGCAAAAUUUUGGCACAAAAUUUAUAGCACUCUAUAAUACUAGGGACAAUUUUUGGAACAACUUGUUCCAUGUCCUAUAAUGUGUGUGAACCAAGUAACGUAUACUUAUUAUUAUAUUGUAAACAAGCGAUAUUAAAAUCCUGUUCGAUCAAAAGUUCUUGCUAUCGUUCUUUACCAUAUAAGUCAAAGUUUACUGUAUAGUGAUACCGGGUAUUUACUUGGAAACGCUUAAUUAAAAAAAGGAC